UGGGUGCAAAGUACGGGUUGAUUAAAAAGACGAUUCGAUCGGGUUUCGGACUUUGAAUUUCUGUCGAUAACACACCGAAAAGGUUUUAAACGAUUUAUUUGCAUCUUUUCGUUGUGGUGAACGGUUGGUUCAAGUUGAAAAUGAAUCGUUUUUUGGGGUUGAAGUAUAAAUUGGAGUCUAGUGAUAAUUUUGAUAAUUAUAUGAAGGCUAUGGGUGUCGGGUUAAUGACUAGAAAAGUCGGAGCGACCGUCUCCCCCGUUGUCGAAUUGAAAAAAGAGGGCGACACCUACGUUUUAACCUCAACAUCCACCUUCAAAAACAUGACCACCAAAUUCCAACCCGGAGUUGAAUUCGACGACGAAACCGCCGACGGCCGCAAAGUCAAAAGCAUCAUCACCAUCGCCGGCGAUACCAUAACUGAAGUUCAAACCGAUCAAAACGGGAAAGUUUCCACCAUUGAACGCACAUUUUCCGAUCAAGAGAUCAAAAUGGUUUUGAAGGUCGAUGAUGUCAUUUGCACGAGGGUUUAUAAGUUGCAAGGUUAAAAAGGUCAUUGAUUGAUUAGAAGUGAUGAUAAAAAGAUUGAUAUUAUUGAUGAUAAGUUAAAAAAAGUACUGGGAUUUAUUUUAUUUACUAUUUUUUUGUUUCAUUUAUAAACAUCACUUUGCAUUUUCUCAAUAAAAACGUUUAAAA